AUGAUUCCGCCCACUGGCGGUGAUGGAAGUGGUGGGGCAUUUCAGGAAGAUUUGAGCAACAUUCUCUGUUGCCCAGAUUGCAAGGAGAUCCCCCCGAACCUGGCGGAGGAGUUUUCGAGCGGUGACAUGGUGUGCCGGAGCUGUGGAGUCGUCGUUGGUACCCGAAUCAUCGACACCCGCUCCGAAUGGCGUACCUUUGCCAAUGACGACCAGGGCGGUGACGACCCCAGUCGUGUUGGUGGUCCCCAGGACGAGUUCGUCGAAGGACAGCAACUUGCCACUACCGUUGCCUUCUCUGAAUCCAAAGCCCACAAAGCUUUGUCCCGAACCCAGAACAACACAAACCAAGACAAGGCUCAGAAGGGCCUCAUGCAAGCGUACAAAGAAAUCGUGUCGCUGUGUGAGGCCAUCAACAUGGGACAGAACGUCUCGAAUGCUGCAAAGCACAUCUUCAAGCUUGUCGACAAGUACAAGUUCAUGAAGGGCAAGCCGCAGGAAGCCGUCAUUGCUGGCUGCAUCUUCAUUGCUUGCCGACAGAACAAUGUUCCGCGAACUUUCCGUGAGAUUUUCAAUCUCACAAGCGUUAGCAAGAAGGAGGUGGGCCGAGUGUUCAAGCAGCUGCAGAGUUUCCUGCAGAAGCUCCAGGAUACCGAAGGCGAGGCCACUGGCCUUAACACCGUCACCAACUACGAAAACACAUCCGUUGGUGCCGAAGAUCUGUGCGGUCGUUAUGUGUCGCAGCUCGGUUUUAAGAACCAGCAGAAGAUCUCCAAAAUCUCCCGAGACCUUGCGGAGCAGGCCAAUGACAUUUCCGCCUUGGCCGGUCGAUCACCCCUGUCAGUCGCCGCAGCAUGCAUCUACAUGGCAUGCCACCUGGUCGGCGAGCCUCGUCCGUCCCUCCCGAUUGCGAAGCAGGCUGGCGUUAGUGAUGGUACCGUCAAGACAGCCUACAAGCACCUAUUCGCCGCCCGCGAGCAGCUAAUCAAGAAAGAAUGGCUCGAGGACGGAGGAAGCAUGGAUAACAUCCCGCAGGUGCAGGUAUAG